GGAGCAUCGGGAUGGAGUUAUGAAAACGUACUUCCAUUCUUUAAAAAGUCAGAGAACGUAAAGAUACCUGAUCUAAAGAACUCUAAGUACCACGGCGUUAGAGGACCUCUAACUAUCACUCAAUCCACCUACACGGAACUUGGGAAUUUGUUUCUGGACGCAGCGCGAGAGUUAGGCUAUAGAGUUGGCGAUAUAAAUGGAGCAAGCCCCUAUGGGGUUAUGAAGGCACAUGCAAACAUCAGAGAUGGCACCCGCGCACACACUGCCAAAGUUUACCUACAACCUGUCGCAAGCAGACCAAAUCUGCACGUCAUAACUCACGCCCACGUCUCCAAGGCCCUCUAUCCACAAACGGCGUGGAGGCCAUUGGCUUCUUUAAUACGGCUGGCCUGGAGAUGAAAGGCGUGCCACCAGAUAUGCUAUUGCUCAUGACAGGAUCUGGAAUUGGAUCAGUGGAUGAAAAUUUUAUAUAUAACCAGCUAGGAUAUGACAAAAAGUUCAUCAAGGACGCUAACUAUGCCGCCCAAGAGGAUCGCCAUCUUUUCUCGUUGAUACCAACUUUGUUGCAACCUAAAAGUGUCGGUGAUAUUCGCCUGAGAACCAGUGACCCGCUGGAUUAUCCACUCAUAGAUCCACGUUAUUACGAGAACGAACAAGACGUUAAAACUAUGGUGUCAGGAAUCAGGUUGGCUAUAAAGAUAUCAGAGACGAAAGCAUUCAAGUCUAUCGGAGCAAAGAUGAAUCCCAAUAACUGGAACGUGCCCGGAUGCACUCAGUACGGCAAAGGGGAUAAAUACCUGGAGUGUGUUGCGCGCAGUAUAUCCACGACUCUUUACCAUGCAACGGGAACCUGUAAGAUGGGCGCCAGCACCGAUCCGUCUGCCGUCGUUGAUCCCCAGCUGAGGGUUCGUGGAGUAGAAGGACUGAGGGUCGUGGACGCCUCCAUCAUGCCGGAGAUCAUAGCGGGAGGCCCACAUGCGCCUGUCAUCAUGAUCGCUGAGAAGGCUGCCGACAUGAUACGUGGCGCGAAGAACUGAUGUGAAACAUUUUCCUUUGAAAACGAGUAGUAUUUGAAUGCGAUAUAAAAGCGUCUAGACUAACUAUGUACAUACGGGUAGUUAUGACAGGUGUCAUCCUUUUAGUGACUUCACUGCACAUGUGAAUUGUAAAUGUAUUAUUGUUGGAUAGAUGUAGCAGAUAGGAGACCGUGUAGAAUAAUUGUGUUAUUUGUAGAAUUUGCGCAACACGCAUUUUUGCGAUGUUAUCAUACAUCACAUCGACACUAUCAUAUCAUAAAAUACUUUGGUAAUAAUAAAACGUUUAAAUAAUGAA